GCCCGUGACGCUCGCUUCUGGAGUCUCUGUUGGCCCGUGGCUCUCCUGCCCGGACCCGCACCCACGAUGCUGGCGCUGCGCUGCGGCCCCCGUCUGCUCGGCCCCCUCUCCGGCCCGCGCUCCGCGCACCUGCGCCUACCCGCGGCCCGCGCUUGCAGCAGCGGCUCCCGAGACCCGUCCUCUUCCUCCCGGAACCCGCUCGUGUACCUGGACGUGGGCGCCGACGGGCAGCCGCUCGGCCGCGUGGUGCUGGAGCUGAAGGCAGAUGUCGUCCCAAAGACAGCAGAGAACUUCAGAGCCCUGUGCACCGGGGAGAAGGGCUUCGGCUACAAAGGCUCCACCUUUCACAGAGUGAUUCCGUCCUUCAUGUGCCAGGCCGGGGACUUCACCAACCACAACGGCACAGGGGGGAGGUCCAUCUACGGGAGCCGCUUUCCUGACGAGAACUUCAAACUGAAGCACAAGGGGCCAGGUGUCCUGUCCAUGGCAAAUGCAGGCCCCAACACGAACGGCUCCCAGUUCUUCAUUUGCACCAUAAAGACAGACUGGCUGGAUGGCAAACAUGUUGUGUUUGGCCAUGUCAAAGAGGGCAUGGAUGUCGUGAAGAAAAUAGAAUCUCUCGGCUCCAAGAGUGGGAAGACAUCCAAGAAGAUUGUCAUCACGGACUGUGGCCAGGUGAGCUAACCCGCCACGCCAGGGCUCUAGGCCAGCGGCAGCUGCAGGCAACAGGGAGUUGACUCACCCAGGCGGCCGUCUCGGGCUCCCAGCGCAGGGGCCCCUUGGAGUUGCCUGUGCUCCCUCCACCUUCUCUGUGCUUCCGGAAGGCCUCUCAGGAAUGUCAGACCUCACAGGACCCACCGGGCUGCUUCCCCAGUGCCUGAUCUUCCCCAGCGCCCUGUUUCUGGACACGCAUCACGGACACUGUGUCCCUGCUCCUCGUCUGGCGUCUCCCGUGAUCGCCCGGCCCAAGUUCACCUGCGCCUUGGACGUUGAGGGUGGUGACGGGUUAGCUCCGAAGGCAGUUUCUGCCUUUUCUUUGGCCAAGGGGGAAAGCCGGUUGCUGUAAAGAGCUGUAAUAGCUGUUUAAUGUCGUCUUCCUAAUCGGAAUAAUUUAGCAAGACUCCCUGGAGCUGGAGCUGUGGCACUAACUACUCCAGGCUGUGGUGUGACCUCAAAUUGGUGGCACAGGCCACGAGCUUGGCCUUUGGAGCACAGUCUGAGCGUUUGUGAAGGUGCCACGGCUGAGAUCUUUUAUCCCAGUCACUGUGAAUCCCAUUGGUUUGCUGUUCUUGUGUUUGGGGAGAGCCCAUGGGGGUAGAAUCAGCUGAACCUGGGGACAGACCCACUGCGAGCUGUGCCUAGUCAAUGUGAAUUCCCCAGUUGAAAACAGAAAUGACUUGUAAGUGCCGUGCGCUCUGGAAGGAAGUCAGUGUGUCUUCCCUGGUGGGCUUUGAUUUCUUCUGUGUGUCUUAGAAAUUAUAUCUACUGAUUAUAUACACAAUAGACUUCUGGAACAUUUCUUUGUGUUGAGCUUAAAUGUGAAAAUAAAUCCUGUUUUCUAUGAAA